GAAUGCCCCAUGCACAGUCUGCAAUUCACGUUUCCUAUAUAAAGUUGAGAUUGUGUCUUCGAAAAAGACGUGGAAAAGAGAGGCAGUCUGUCAACGUCAAAAUGGGAAAGAUCAUCUUCUACGAGGACAGGAACUUCGGGGGGCGCUCCUAUGAGUGCAGCAGCGACUGCGCCGACAUGCACUCCUACUUCAGCCGCUGCAACUCCAUCCGAGUGGAGAGCGGCUGCUGGAUGGCGUACGAGCGCCCCAACUACAUGGGCUACCAGUACUUCCUGCGCAGGGGCGAGUAUCCCGACUACCAGCGCUGGAUGGGCUUCAACGACUCCAUUUGGUCAUGCCGCAUGAUCCAACCAUACCAUGGCUCCUACAGGAUGAGGAUCUACGAGAGAGCAGAGUUUGGAGGCCAGAUGAUGGAGUUCAUGGACGACUGUCCCAAUGUCUACGACCGCUUCCGUUACAAUGACAUCUUCUCCUGCAAUGUGAUGGACGGGCACUGGCUCUUCUACGAGCAGCCCAACUACAGAGGCAGGAUGUACUACCUGAGAGCUGGAGAGUACCGCAGGUUCAGCGACUGGGGCGCCAUGAGUGCAAGAGUGGGCUCUUUCAGGCGCAUCACUGAUUUUGAAUGUUAAACCUGAAGUGCUCUUAAAAAUAAAGUCAUUUGAAAAUA